CAGGGAGAGAGCGAGAAAUGAAAAAAAAAAAUCUGAUUAAUUUGGACUCACGAUCAACAAUUAACUAAAAACGUCAGCAACAAUCAACUAAUUUGAUGUUUUAAUUUCAUUACAAUGAAAUGGAGCCUCUGAUUAAAGUUAAUUGUUUUGCCAGUGGUAUUUUAAAAAAGUUAACUUAUAAACAUUGGUGACAAUCAAUAUUCAUUUUAAUUGAUUAGUUUUUUUUUUAAUUGUUUGAUAUGAUAAAAGUUUAACAAUGAUCAUGAUAUUACAUUGAUCGUCAAUUAACUCAUCAAAAGUAACUAUUAAUUGUAACUGUUAAGUUUAUCACCAUGAUUAAUAACAAUAAUAAUAAUAAUAACAAUAAUCUGGUUAAAUCUGUUGAAAUUAAUCCCAAAUUAACUAAUCGUGAUCCCAAUGAGUUAAUCUCAUUUGAUAAUUAUUUGUAUUGUGAGCCAAGUUUCAGUGUCGAUUGGUUUAAUCUUAAUUACUCUGUUUACCCAACGAUGGUUGAUAAAUUAAUCAAUCGUUAUAAAGGUAAACGUAAUUAUGAAAACUUGAAUCAACCUUUUGGUGUGAAAAAAAUACUACACAAUUUAAGUGGAUCAUUUCAAUCAGGUAAAUUGUCAGCAAUCAUGGGACCUUCAGGAUCAGGUAAAUCAACGUUAAUUGAAUGUUUAGCCGGAAUCAGGGAGAAAGGGCUUAAAGGUGAUAUCAUGUGUAGAGGUAAAUCCAAAGUAACCAAAUCGUUUAUCCCUCAAGAGGAUCAGCUUCAUCAGGGAUUAACUGUAAGAGAAUCGUUAACUUAUUCAUAUGGAUUAAAAUGUGGAUCUCGAUUAAAAGAGAAAAAUUCAAAAGAGAAAACAAGAAAAGUUGAAAGUCUCAUUAAUCAAUUACAUCUAAUUGAUUGUUCAGAUACUGUAACUGGAGUAAUUUCUGGUGGACAAAAGAAACGAACCCUAAUCGCCCAAGAACUUGUCUCAAAGCCUGAUAUUUUAUUCAUUGAUGAACCAACCUCAGGAUUAGAUUCAUUGAGUUGCCAAUUGUUGAUUAAAUUGUUACAAAAAUUGGCUUUCCAAUCAUCCAUUGCAAUCAUAAUCACCAUUCAUCAACCCUCGGCAAAGAUUUUCAAUAAUCUUCAUGAUGUUUACAUGUUAUCAUCAACGGGACAAGCAAUUUUUCAUGGUUUACCUCAACAGGUAAUUCCAACUCUUGAUUCAAUGGGAAUCAAGUGUGAUCCCUUUAAUAAUCCAUCGGAUUUAUUGAUUGAAGUUGCUUUCGGUGAAUAUGGAUUAGAUUGUAUUGAUAAAAUGGUUCAUUCGGUUGACUCGGCUUCUAAAGUUUCUUAUGGAUAUUCAGAUGAUCAAUCAGAAACUAAGCCUAUUUUCAAUGAGAAAUUAACCCUUUCGAUAUCUAAAUAUUCAUGUAAACCACUUUCCGAUUGUUACAUUUACUCUGAGGCUCCUUUUUUCGCCCAGUUUAAAUUGCUUUUCUACCGACAAUUGACCAUAUCAGCUCGAAAUCCAUUCUCUUCUUCGGUUCGAUUUUUCUUUGCGAUCCUUUUGAUUGUCCUUCUUGGUGGAGUUUACUCAGGUAAAGGUGUCUACGAUGGAUGUGUACCCGAUAUAAAUAACUCGACGCUAACUGACCUUUCAUCGAUUAGAAAAUCGAUUGAGCUUUACACAGUAAAUACAAGAGACAAUGCAAUCUCUUUCUACUUUCUAUGUACUUUUAUCACCUUGACCAAUAUCUUACCAAUGUCCGUUCUUAUACCCCAAGAGAUGAAACUAUUUCGUAAAGAGCAUUUCAAUGGAUGGUAUCGUACAAGUGCCUAUUUUUUAGCUCGUAACUUGGCUGAUAUACCGUUCAUCUUGAUGAGCGUUGUAACUUGUGUUACAGGGACAUUUGUGUUCACCGGUCAACCAUUUAGCCGAUACAUUGAUUGUUUAUUCAUUUUCACAAUACUUGCAUUUAUCGCCUCAACCCAAGGCUUCAUCACCGGAAUUAUCUUUAUGAACGAUACCAUGACCUCCGUUGUUUCCGGACCAACUUCCCAGGCCAUUUGCCUCCUAUUUUCAGGAUUUUUCAGUCCCAUUGAACUAAUGCCCUUACCAUUGAGGUUGUUUUCAUCUCUAUCAUAUCUAAAGCAUGGGUUCAUUGCUUAUACAAUUGCGAUAUUUAGAGACAGAUGCAAUCCUGAGACACUUGGGAAAUUUGCUGAUCUUAAAUCUCAAUUAGUUAAUUAUCUUGAUACAGUGUUCAAAGUGACCACUGCAGCAUUGGUCCAGUUAUCUGAGGAUAAAGAAAUUGAAUCAUUAACUAAUGAGACAACUACUUUGAAAGAUACAAUUGUUGACAAUUUAACUUAUCAAUGGUUUAAAGAAAACAAUCAAUCAAUGGUUUUUGAUUAUUAUCGAUUACAAAAUGCUUCAUACAAUCAAGCAAUAAUUGGACUAAUUUUUUCACUAUUAAUUGGACAAUUGAUUGCCUACUGGCUAAUCAAAUUGCGAGUAAAUUAUUAAAACUGAAUCAAUUGUUUCCAUUGAUAAAACAAUACCAAUUAACUAAAAUUGAAAUGAAUGAUAAUAAUACAAAUGAAAUAAAUGAAAUAAUCAACCAUUAACGAUGAAACUAAAUCAAUGACAAUUGUAAAGAAUCACCAGAAUCAUGAUGGUUUAUAAUUUGGAGCCCCAACAACAAUUUAAACGAUUAACCAAAGCAAAAUCAUCAUAACUAACUAAUUUACUAAUUAUUAACAGUUAAAAGAAUCACAGAAUCAAUAAUAAUAAGUUUAUCGUUCAUCUUAUUAUAUUGAUCACUAUAAGAGCGACAAUACAAACGUCACCCUUACAAUUUAAGCUUAAUCAUUAUUAGAAUCAUCAUCAUGCAGAGUAAUUAUCGUUAGAAUGAUUUGAAAUGAUUAACGAUCAAUUAUAACCUUGAGUAAAUUAAGAAUUAAACUUGAAUAAAUUUCUUACACGAGACGAUUGAUAAUA